GCAAUUGUAACAAGGUGAGGUCACAAAGCCCCCAGGAAGGAGAGGCCUGGUCCUCAGAGGUGAGGAUUCUGGGAGCUCCUCGGGCUGCAGCUGGGCUUAGGUGCUCAAGGAAGGCGUCGAGCAGACCACAGCUCCCUUCAUCAUGUGUGAGGAGAUAAAGGCGACCGUGCAGAAACACACGCAGAGCCUGAGGCACAGCAAGGAGGAGCUGAACAGACUCAACCAGGCUAUCCAGCGGCUGACUGUGGAGGUGGACGGCGCCAAGAGUCAGCCCUGCGAACUCGAGACAGCCAAGGACUCGCCUGCUCUGCAGGAGGAAGGUGCCUCCGGCAGCGCCAAGGGCAAGCUGGCCUGGCUGGAGGCCGCCCUGCAGCGGGCCAAGCAGGACAUGGUGCGGCAGCUGCGCGAGUACCAGGAGCUGAUGAUCGUCAAGCUGGGCCUGGACUUCGAGAUCGCCACCUACCGCAAGCUGCUGGAGGGCGAGGAGAGCCGGAUCAGAGAGCAGGGGCCAGUGUGUCCAUCAAGACAGCUGCAGGGACCAAGACCCAGCCAGUGGAGUAAGGUCCCCAGGGUAGAGUGCCUUCCUCUCAACUUUGCCCCUCUCCCCCCAGCCUCCAGCUGCUUACACCAGGCGGAGGGGAGGGAGAGGGAGCCCACCACGCAACAGGCAUGCUGCAUUCAUUACCUCCCACGUUUACUCACCCCCACAAAAACCCUGGGAGGGCUACUAUCCCCAUUUUACAGAUGAGGAAACUGAGUCUCAGAGGGUAAAGGACCACCUCAAGGACACGCAGGUAGAAAGUGAUUGGCUGAGGCUUGAACGAUAUUCUUCAGAUAAUUGAGCUCUCUUCUCUGUGGUAUCCUUUAAAAUGCCCCUCCCUCCCCCCACCAUGGUCUCUCCUUUCAAGAUGUUGAGGCCAAAGAAAGUGUAGAUGCGUUGCCUUCUCCCUCUUCCAAGAAGUCAUCAAUAGAGGGGAGAGUUAUUGAAUUGAAAGCAGGAAGGACUGAGUUUAAAGGUCCAGAAGGAGUCUUUACUUCAAAGAGGUGUGGGGAUCCGAGAGCAGUAAGGAGGUGCAGGAUGGAGAGCUCUGCGGGUCUGCCAAGGGCCGGGAGGGUUCUGUCGUGGAGGAGGAUAUUCUGCCUAGCAGUCAGAGGCACUC